CCACCCCAAGCAUCCCACCCUUUAACCCUGCUCUGCCUGAAACAGAACCUAUGGUGCACCCUACACGCUCCUUGAGCUGGGGGCCCUCAAAGACCAGUAUGUUUCAGCAAGGUCACCCAGAUGCUGGCAUCUCCAGGCCUUAAGCCCCACCUGCUGCCACAGGGCAUUCAGCCUGUCCUGGUUUUUCUCUCUCUGCUCAGGUAUGAAGCGGCCACUGAGCCCAUCGCCCCCUGGGGAAAAGGAGCCCCCCACAGCUGGUGUGGCAGAGUGCCCCCCAAGGCCCCCAGAGGCACCAAGGCCCAAGCGGGAGCGGAAGCGGUCAUCAUACACGCUCUGCGAUGUGUGCAACAUUCAGCUGAACUCUGCGGCGCAAGCGCAGGUGCACUGUGGGGGGCGUGCCCACCAGAGGCGACUUCGGCAGCUCAGCCUGGGCAAAAGCUGCCCCUCGGGACCAGCAGGCCCGGCCUCCAGCACUUCCAGCCCCCUGUUGGCCUCCCUACCUCUGCAGCCCCCGCUGGACCUCAAGCACUUGCUCGCCUUCCACCUCAAUGGUGCCACCCCUCUCAGUCUCUUCCCCAACUUCAGCACGAUGGACCCAGUCCAGAAAGCUGUCAUCAGCCACACGUUUGGGGUUCCCUCCCCCUUGAAGAAGAAGCUCUUCAUCUCCUGUAACAUCUGUCACUUGAGGUUCAACUCAGCGAACCAGGCAGAAGCUCAUUAUAAAGGCCACAAACACGCCAGGAAGCUCAAGGCCAUGGAAGCAGCCAAGAACAAGCAGAGGCCUCCAGCCCCAGCCAGUGAGGGGGCAGCGGCGGCAGCGGCGGAGGCUCAGGUCGAGACUCCAGCCAGUGAAACCUCCAGGGAGCUACAGAGUGAAGCAGUUUCCGCAGCCCCUCCUCUCGGCCCUCCACUACAGCUCCCACCGAGCCCAGACCCCUCAUCAAGAGAACCAGCACACUCAGACCCCCUGGAUGCUGCCUCCUCUUCCUCCUCUUCUUCCUCCUGCCCACCCUGUUCCCCAGAGCCUGGAAGAGAGGCUCCAGGGCCAGAGCCGAUGGCAGCAGCUGCAGGCAGCAGUGCAAGCAGGGAGGGCAGGGGCGAGAAGGGGCACCUCUACUGUCCCACGUGUAAGGUGACCGUGAAUUCAGCCUCCCAACUUCAGGCUCACAACACAGGAGCCAAGCACCGGUGGAUGGUGGAAGGUCAGCGCGGGGCUCCCCGAAGGAGCCGGGGCCGCCCGGUGCCCCGGGGAGGGGCUGGACAUAAGGCCAAGAGAGUUGCAGCAGGUCGGAGUGGCCGCCAGGGACCCAGCCCCGCGCUGCGCUGUGCUCUCUGCCAGCUCCAGGUCAAUUCAGAGACCCAGCUCAAGCAGCACAUGAGCAGCAGGAGACACAAGGACCGCCUGGCCGGGAAGCCCUCCAGGCCCCACAGCCAGCCCAGCAAGCUGCAGAAGCACGCAGCGCUGGCUGUGAGUAUCCUCAAGUCUAAACUGGCACUGCAGAAGCAACUGACCAAGACGCUGGCAGCCCGCUUCCUGCCUAGCCCGCUGCCUGCUGCCGCUGCCAUCUGCGCGUUGCCCGGGCCGCUGGCCCUCCGCCCAUCCCCGGCAGCCACUGCUGCCGCAACAGCCCCCCUCUUCCCAGCCCCGAUCCUGGGCCCGGCUCUCUUCCGCACCCCAACAGGAGCCGUCCGCCCUGCCUCGGGACCUAUUGUCUUUGCUCCUUAUUAGCCUCCUGGGGAGGCCUGGGGACUCCCCAGCAGCUGUCUACCACCCCCAGAUUCGUGGCACCCCUCAGUCCCACAGGGGCUGCCUUCGACCCCACAGUCCCUCCUCAACUGACCUAGGAACGAGCUGGGC